GGUUUUAUAGCUGGCACUCCAAGACGGCCUUUCUCUCUCGUUCAUGGUUUUAAGUCUCCGAGGAUGGUAUCCGGUCACCGCCAAAUGGGGUCACCGCACUUUCUUCUCGUCUUUCUUCUCCUCCCGUUGUUCUGCUGCUUUCCGGGAGGAGCACCGGAUCUGGAGGCCGACCGGGCGGCGCUUCUGGCCUUCCGCGCUGCCGUGGGACGGGAGGCGUUGCCGUGGAACGCGUCGGCGAGUCCGUGCACGUGGAUGGGCGUGAUGUGCGGCGCCGGCGGUGGCCGCGUCACGGAGCUCCACCUCCCGGGCGCGAGGCUUAUGGGCCAGAUCCCGGCUGGGACCCUCGGCAACCUCACGGCGCUCCAGUCGGUCAGCCUCCGGUUCAACGCCCUCUCCGGCCCCCUCCCGCCGGACCUCGGCGGCUGCAAGGAGCUCCGGGGCGUCUAUCUCCACGAGAACCGUUUCUCUGGCGGGAUCCCCGCCGGCUUCUUCUCCCUCGGAAAGCUCGCCCAUCUCAACCUCGCCAGCAACAACAUCAGCGGCGGAAUCUCGUCUGCGUUCAACAGCCUCACACGCCUCCGGACGCUCUACCUCGAGAGCAACAGGCUCUCCGGCGAGAUCCCCGACCUCGACCUCUCGAAACUCGUCAACUUCAACGUCUCCUUCAACCGGGCGCUCAAUGGAUCCAUCCCGGCGCGGCUCCGCCGGAUGCCGCGGGAUGCAUUCAUGGGCACCGGCCUCUGCGGCGGGCCGCUGGGCGCUUGCUCCGGCGAGAUUUCGCCGGCGUCUCCGCCGCCGGCGCCGGCGUCCUCUCCGUCGCCGGAGCCGAGCAGCGGGACCAAUGCCGGCGGGGGAAAGAGCAGCAAGCUCUCCGGAGGGGCGAUCGCCGGGAUCGCGAUCGGCUCCGCCGUCGGAUUAUUGAUCGUGGCGGCACUCCUCGUCAUCUUCUGCCGGAGGGGCGGAGGGAACAAGACGCGGUCGGUGGAAGCGGCGGCGGCGGCGGGGGUUGGGAAGCCGCCGGAGUCUGACAUGGCGCCGAGGGACCACAAGGGGGCAGUCGAGAACGGGACGGGGUCGCGUCCGGCGGCGGUGGCGGCGGCGGCGGCUGCGGCUGCUGCGGGGGCGAACGGGCAUGCGAAGAGCCUGGUGUUCUUCAGCGGGGGGGCGAAGGUUUACGAUCUGGAGGAUUUGCUGAGGGCUUCGGCGGAGGUGUUGGGGAAGGGGACGACGGGGACGACGUACAAGGCAAUGCUGGAGAUUGGGAUGUUGGUGGCGGUGAAGAGGCUCAAGGAUGUCAACCUCCCGGAAAAAGAGUUCCGGGAGACGAUCAGCGCCUUCGCCGCGAUGGACCACCAGAACUUGGUUCCCCUGCAAGCCUUUUACUACAGCAGGGAUGAGAAGCUUCUUAUCUAUGAUUACAUGCCCAUGGGAAGCCUCUCCUCUCUUCUCCAUGGGAACAGAGUAUCUGGUCGCACGCCUCUUGACUGGGAGACAAGAUAUGGGAUUGCCCUUUCAGCAGCCCGGGGCAUCGAAUACAUCCAUUCCAUGGGCCCUGGAGUCUCACAUGGCAACAUCAAAUCCUCCAACAUCCUCUUGAGCAAAUCCUUCGAAGCCCAUGUCUCCGAGCAUGGCCUUGCCAACCUUGUCGGCCCCUCCUCCACACCCAGCCGCGCCGCCGGCUACCGCGCCCCGGAGGUCACCGAUAUCCGAAAAGUCUCGCAGAAAGGCGAUGUGUACAGCUUUGGUGUGCUCCUACUGGAGCUGCUCACGGGCAAGGCCCCUGCACAGGCUUUCCUCAAUGAGGACGGCAUUGAUCUGCCUAGGUGGGUGCAUUCAGUCGCCCCAGAGGAAUGGACUUCAGAGGUGUUUGAUCUUGAGCUACUAAGGUACCACAAUGUAGAGGAGGAGAUGGUUCAGCUGCUGCAGCUGGCCAUAGAUUGUGCUGCUCAGUACCCCGAGAAGCGGCCGUCGAUGGCCGAUGUGGUGGUCCGGAUUGAGGAGAUCUGCAGGUCAAGCCGAGCAUCGGCUCGGAGAAACCAGCAGCAGGAACACCAUGCCAUUAACGAUUCUGAUGACCAAUCAUCUAAGCACACCGAUUCCAUUGACGAGUCCAGACCUUCUGGGCUUCAUUCUUGAUUGCUGUCUCCGCCAAAGUUUCUUUCUUGGAUGGAUGUUGGUUGGUUGUUUUAGUUGUUUCCCCUGGGAGUAGAAAGGUGGUUCGUUAUGUUCUUUUAUUUCUUUCAAUUGCUACGGUUUAUGUGGUUUUUUUUUCAUGUUAUUAGUUUGGUUUCUUUUUAACCUUUUCAGGAGUUUCUGAAUGAUGUUAGGUUGAGUAAUAACUUUGAGACUUGAAAACUCCUGAUGUUUCCUUCUUGCCUUUGUAUCCCGGUUUAUUUUUUUCUUGGUGGAUGAGGAAAGAAACUGGCUGGUUACUGAUGUAAUUAUAUUUAACGGUUUCUGAAUGCUUUGAACGCUGUUAAUAUUAGAUGAUGCUUUGGUUUCUUAAUUGAGACCUUUUAUU